UGUCGUUCACGGUUUGCUGAAUGUUCGCUUCGGGAGCUUCGCGGCGUUGUUUUCUUUUAAUCGUUUUCCUUUUAUGUGCUAUCAUGUCACGUAGUGGUGUUCAAGGAGGAGCGAAUCUAUGCUCCGUAGAUUUUGAGGUUUUUGGAAAUGUUCAGGGUGUCUGCUUCAGAAUGUACACUGAAGACCAGGCCAAGAAACUGGGUGUGAGUGGCUGGGUGAAGAACACCAGGCAGGGCACAGUUGUGGGUCAAGUCCAGGGACCCACUGAUAAAGUGAGAGAAAUGAAGGUGUGGCUCAGCAAGGUUGGGAGCCCUAGCUCACGUAUUGAUCGUGCUGUCUUCUCCAAUGAGCGGGACAUCCCCAAGCUGGAGAUGAGAGGCUUUGGCACACGUUACUGAGAAUCAUACACAAUGCAACUGCAUGCAUUAGUAGCUGAAAAGGUGAAGAAUAUAGCAUGACUUCUGAUUAAGACAGAUUUGACUUUUGCAAUUUCAGAGGCACAACAUUCACACAACAGUAUGGAUCUUAUACAAAAAAGAUACAAUUAUUUCUUAGGAAAAUCUGACUUUUCUUCAUUCUAACAUUUAUAGAAAAAUUAACUUAAAACUAUUUUACUGUAAAUAUAUUGUAAAUUCAAAAUACAAUAAAUAAGGUAUUAAUCUUAAAUCCUUCAACGUCUAUACAGACUGACAUAUUGAUAUUUUGCUGUCUUUGCUCGUCUAUGUUUUGUGUUUUCAUUCUAUUCUAGUAUUGGCUAGAAUGGGGAAAUGUCACUGGCUGUUCAGAGAUUUUAGAAAAUGUGCCACAAUAUUCAUAGAAAUAAGUAAAAUUUGUUGUAUAUGAAUUUGUUUACUGUAACUAAUAAAGGUGCAUUUUUACACACA